UGGCGGCGUCCAGGGGCUCAAGCUGCACGUGAGAAAGAGUUUGAACACCUGGGAAUCCUGGAGUGCAAGUGUUCCCUACCAAUUUCCGUUCCCUACGGAGUUGCUUCCCUCCGAUUGUUCCCCAGGUCCUCGCGGGCCACUGCCCCUCUGCAAUCAUGAAGACAAAGCCCGUUUCCCACAAGACCGAGAACACACAUCGGUUUCUUACGUUUGCAGAACGACUGGGGAAUGUGAAUAUCGAUAUCAUUCACCGGAUUGAUAGAACUGCAAGUUAUGAUGAGGAGGUUGAAACCUACUUUUUUGAGGGUCUGCUGAAAUGGAGAGAAUUGAACCUUACGGAACACUUUGGGAAAUUUUACAAAGAAGUUAUUGACAAAUGCCAGUCAUUCAAUCAGCUGGUCUAUCAUCAAAAUGAAAUCGUUCAGAGUUUGAAGACUCACCUGCAAAUCAAGAACAGUUUUGCUUUUCAACCCCUUUUGGAUUUGGUUGUACAGUUGGCACGCGAUCUGCAGACAGACUUCUAUCCACAUUUUCCGGAUUUUUUUCUGACGAUCACCUCAAUCCUGGAGACUCAGGACACCGAGUUGUUAGAAUGGGCUUUCACCUCGCUGUCGUAUCUUUACAAGUACCUGUGGAGGCUCAUGGUAAAGGACAUGUCCAGCAUAUACAGCAUGUAUAGUACACUCCUGGCUCAUAGAAAACUACAUAUAAGAAAUUUUGCUGCUGAAAGCUUUACUUUUUUGAUGAGAAAGGUUUCUGAUAAAAAUGCACUUUUCAACUUAAUGUUUCUUGAUCUUGAUGAACAUCCGGAAAAGAUAGAAGGAGUUGGACAGUUGCUCUUUGAAAUGUGCAAAGGAGUGAGAAACAUGUUUCACUCCUGUACAGGAGAGGCAGUGAAGCUAAUUUUGCAAAAGCUAGGACCAGUUACUGAAAUAGAAACUCAACUACCAUGGAUUUUAGUCGGAGAAACUCUCAAAAACAUGGUCAAAUCUACUGCGUCCUACAUCCACAAGGAACAUUUUGGUACAUUUUUUGAAUGUUUACAAGAAUCACUCCUUGAUCUACAUUCAAAAGUAACUGAAACUGAUAGCGGUGAAAGUUCUGAACAGAUUAAAAGAUUGUUAGAAACAUAUCUGAUACUUGUGAAACAUGGAAAUGGAUCAAAGAUAACCAAGCCUGUUGAUGUUUGUAAGGUAUUGACACAAACAUUACAAAUAACCCAUCUCUCCACAUCUUGUCGGCAGACCCUCUUGGAUGUAAUUUCUGCUUUGAUCCUAGGCGAAAAUGUUUCCUUGCCAGAGACCCUCAUCAAAGAAACCAUAGAAAAAACUUUUGAGAGCCGAUUUGAAAGACGUUUAAUUUUGGAUUUUUCUGAAGUCAUGUUUGCUAUGAAACAGUUUGAGCAGCUUUUCCUACCCAGCUUUCUCUUAUAUAUUGAGAAUUGCUUCUUGAUCGAUGAUGCUGCAGUCAGAGAUGAAGCUCUGGCCAUUUUGGCCAAGCUUAUUCUGAACAAAGCAGCACCUCCCACUGCUGGCUCAAUGGCAAUUGAGAAGUACCCUCUGGUUUUCUCACAGCAGACGGGAUCCUAUCUAAGGCAGAAGACCAGAUCCAAGGGAGGAAAGGAACAGGUCCCAGUAUUGGACCAUCUUUUAUCUAUCAUUCAGUUACCCCCAAGUAAAGAUACGACUUUCCUUUCACAGUCUUGGGCAGCCCUUGUCGUGUUACCUCAUAUUAGACCUCUUGAGAAGGAGAAGGUGAUACCACAAGUCACAGGCUUCACGGAGUCACUCUUUACGACUGUUGACAGAGGGAGCUUUGGAAAAGGAAAUUUAUUUGUUCUUUGUCAAGCUAUAAAUACUCUGCUAAGUUUGGAAGAAUCUUCUGAACUACUUCAGCUAGUUCCUGUGGAACGUGUGAAGAAUUUAGUAUUAACGUUUCCUCUGGAGCCAUCUGUGUUGCUGUUGGCUGAUCUCUAUUAUCAGAGAUUAUCCUUAUGUGGCUGCAAAGGGCCACUUUCUGAGGAAGCUUUAAUGGAAUUAUUUCCCAAGUUACAAGCAAACAUUUCAACUGGCAUAACCAAGAUUCGGCUUUUGACAAUAAGGAUCCUAAACCACUUUGAGGUUCGACUUCCGGAACUAAUGGAGGAUGACGGGCUCUCAGAGCGUCCAUCUGCCUUUGCUAUAUUGCGCCAGGCAGAACUUGUUCCAGCAACUGUGAAUGAUUACAGAGAGAAGCUUCUUCACUUGAGAAAACUAAGACAUGAUGUGGUGCAGACGGCAGUCCCUGAGGGGCCGCUACAGGAGGUGCCGCUUCGUUAUUUAUUAGGCAUGUUAUAUGUCAACUUCAGUGCUCUCUGGGAUCCUGUUAUUGAACUCAUAAGUUCUCAUGCAUGUGAAAUGGAAAAUAAGAAAUUUUGGAAAGUCUACUAUGAACAUCUGGAUAAAGCAGCUACACAUGCUGAGAAAGAGCUGCAAAAUGACAUAAGAAAUGAGGAGAAAUCCAUUGGAGAUGAAAAUUGGGAGCAGACUCAGGAAGGAGAUGUUGGAGCUCUUUUUUCUGAGCAGUUAACAUUGAAAACCCAUUGUCAGGAAAGACUGGACCACACCAAUUUUCGAUUUUUGCUCUGGCGAGCUCUCGCAAAAUUCCCAGAAAGGGUAGAGCCACGGUCCAGGGAGCUUUCUCCACUUUUCUUGAGGUUUAUCAACAAUGAGUAUUACCCAGCAGACCUGCAGGUUGCUCCAAGCCAGGAUCUGCGAAGAAAAGGCAGAGGUGGGGCAGCAGAGGACACAGAAGAAGAACCUGCUGCUGGAGACGAUGAAGAGGUAGAGGAGGAGGGUGUGCCCCAAGAUGAAACUUCACCGAGGAAAAAGACGAGAAGAGCUGCGGCAAAGCAGUUAAUCGCUCAUUUGCAAGUUUUCUCUAAAUUUUCGAAUCCACGGGCCUUAUAUCUGGAAUCCAAAUUAUAUGAGCUUUAUCUUCAGUUGUUGCUACACCAAGAUCAAACGGUGCAAAAAAUAACCCUGGAUUGCAUAAUGACAUAUAAACAUCCGCACAUCCUCCCUUACAGGGAAAACUUGCAAAGAUUGCUUGAAGACAAAAGCUUUAAGGAAGAGAUAGUGCAUUUUAACAUUUCAGAAGAUAAUACAGUCGUGAAAGCAGCCCACCGAGCAGAUCUGUUUCCUAUUCUGAUGAGAAUUUUGUAUGGCCGAAUGAAAAAUAAGACUGGGAGUAAAACUCAGGGGAAAUCUGCUUCAGGCACCCGCAUGUCCAUUGUUCUGAGGUUCCUUGCUGGGACCCAACCUGAGGAGAUCCAGAUAUUUUUAGACCUGCUGUUUGAACCUGUGAAGCACUUCCAGAAUGGAGAAUGCCAUGCUGCCGUCAUUCAGGCAGUAGAAGAUUUGGAUCUGUCUAAAGUCCUUCCUUUAGGUCGUCAGCAUGGUAUCUUAAAUAGCCUCGAAAUAGUGUUGAAGAACAUUAGUCAUCUGAUCAGUGCGUACUUACCAAAGAUUUUGCAGAUAUUGCUCUGCAUGACAGCAACUGUAUCGCACAUCCUUGACCAACGAGAAAAGAUACAGCUGAGGUUUAUUAACCCACUGAAAAAUUUAAGACGUCUUGGAAUCAAAAUGGUAACUGAUAUCUUUUUGGAUUGGGAGUCCUACCAGUUCAGAACAGAAGAGAUUGAUGCUGUAUUCCAUGGUGCAGUUUGGCCCCAGAUCAGCAGGCUUGGAGCUGAGAGUCAGUAUUCUCCUACUCCUCUGCUGAAACUAAUUAGCAUUUGGAGCAGAAAUGCAAGAUAUUUUCCUUUUCUGGCUAAGCAGAAACCUGGGCACCCAGAAUGUGAUAUCCUGACCAAUGUUUUUGCGAUUCUCUCAGCAAAGAAUCUCUCUGAAGCCACAGCCAGUAUUGUGAUGGAUAUAGCCGAUGACCUUCUUACCCUUCCAGAUUUUGAACCCACAGAAACAGUUUUGAGCUUGCCCGUAACUGGAUGCGCAUACCCAGAAAGUGCAGAUGAGUCUAUCACAAUAGGAGGACGAUUAAUUCUACCUCAUGUACCUGCAAUUCUCCAGUAUCUCAGCAAAACCACAAUAAGUACAGAAAAGGUGAAAAAGAAAAAGAACAGGGCACAAGUCAGCAAGGAACUUGGCAUUCUUUCAAAGAUCAGCAAGUUUAUGAAAGACAAAGAACAAAGUUCUCUACUCAUUACACUCCUCCUUCCUUUCCUCCACCGUGGCAAUAUUGCUGAGGAUACAGAGGUUGAUAUUCUGGUGACAGUACAAAACCUGUUAAAACAUUGUCUGGAGCCUCCAAGCUUCCUCAAGCCUCUGGCAAAACUCUUCUCAGUUACUAAGAACAAGCUGUCAAGACGAUUGCUUUGUACAGUUUUCGAGACUCUUUCUGAUUUUGACAGUGGAUUAAAAUAUAUUACUGAUGUUGUCAAGCUUAACGCCUUUGAUAAAAGACACCUUGACGACAUCAACUUUGACGUUCGCUUCUCAGCGUUCCAGACUAUCACCUCUUACAUUAAAGAGAUGCAAACCGUGGAUGUUAACUACCUCAUUCCAGUUAUGCAUAAUUGUUUCUAUAAUCUGGAGUUAGGAGACAUGUCUUUAAGUGAUAAUGCCAACAUGUGCUUGAUGAGUAUCAUCAAAAAGCUAGCUGCCUUGAAUGUCACAGAGAAAGAAUAUAGAGAAAUCAUUCAUCGUUCACUCCUGGAGAAACUGAGGAAAGGCUUGAAGAGCCAAACAGAGAGUAUUCAUCAGGAUUAUACCACGCUGCUUUCCUGUUUAAUUCAAACCUUUCCAGAUCAACCAGAAUUUAAAGACUUGGUACAGCUUACUGAUUACCAUGAUCCAGAAAUGGACUUCUUUGAGAAUAUGAAGCACAUUCAGAUCCACAGGCGAGCAAGAGCCUUGAAGAAACUGGCAAAACAACUAAUGGAAGGCAAAAUCAUGCUGUCUUCUAAAUCUCUCCAGAAUUACAUCAUGCCUUAUGCCAUGACUCCAAUUUUUGAUGAGAAAAUGCUCAAGCAUGAAAAUAUAAUCAUUGCUGCCACGGAGAUUAUUGGAGCUAUUUGCAGACAUCUCUCUUGGUCAGCAUAUGUAUAUUACUUGAAACAUUUCAUUCAUGUCUUACAGACAGGACAGAUCAAUCAAAAGUUGGGUGUCAGUUUGCUAGUAACAGUGUUAGAAGCAUUCCACUUUGACCACAAAACUCUUGAAGAACAAAUGAAAAAAAUUCAGAAUGAAGAAAGCACAAUAGAAGAGAUUGAGUUGCCAGAGCAUGAAGCCAUGGAAUUAGAGCAUAUGGAUGAGGAAGAGAAGGAAAACAGAUGUAAGAUUUUGUCCGACAACAAUGAAGAACUAGGAAACCCUCCUCCAGGAACAGCAGCUAAUGAAAACGAGUGUAUCACCAAGUCCAUCUCUUCCCUUCCUCGGAGUAAGGAAGAAUUGGAGAGAACAAUUAAAAAUAUCCAAGGAACCAUAACCGGGGAUAUCUUACCCAGGCUACAUAAAUGCCUGACAUCUGCGUCAAAAAGGGAAGAAGAACACAAGCUCAUAAAAUCCAAGGUUGUGAAUGAUGAGGAAGUAAUUCGAGUUCCUUUAGCUUUUGCCAUGGUUAAGCUAAUGCAGUCCCUCCCACAAGAAGUUAUGGAAACUAAUCUGCCAAGUAUUUUGCUGAAAGUGUGUGUCCUCCUCAAGAACAGAGCACAAGAAAUCAGAGACAUUGCACGCAGCACUCUCGCAAAAAUAAUAGAAGAUCUGGGUGUGCACUACCUACAAUAUAUUUUAAAAGAAUUACAGACUACCCUUGUCCGUGGAUACCAGGUCCACGUGCUAACUUUCACUGUUUACAUGUUGCUACAUGGCCUCACCAACAAGCUACACGUCGGGGAUUUGGACUCUUGUUUAAAUAUCAUGAUUGAGAUUUUUAACCACGAGUUGUUUGGUGCCAUUGCUGAAGAGAAGGAAGUAAAGCAGAUCCUUUCCAAAGUCAUGGAGGCACGAAGAAGCAAGAGUUAUGAUUCUUAUGAAAUCCUGGGCAAGUUUGUAGGAAAAGAUCAGGUUACCAAACUUAUCCUUCCACUGAAAGAGAUCUUGCAAAAUACCACGAGUUUAAAACUAGCCCGGAAAGUUCAUGAAACCUUACGCCGAAUCAUUGCAGGAUUAAUUGUCAAUCAGGAAAUGACGGCAGAAUCCAUUCUCUUGCUCAGUUACGGUUUGGUCAGUGAAAAUCUCCCCCUGUUAACAGAGAAAGAAAAAAAUCCAACAGCCCCUGCACCCGAUCCCCGUCUGCCACCCCAGAGCUGUCUGCUGCUCCCCCCAACUCCAGUUCGAGGUGGGCAGAAAGCUGUUGUGAGCAGGAAAACGAACAUGCACAUAUUCAUUGAGUCUGGGCUUCGGCUGCUGCAUCUGAGUCUGAAGACAUCCAAGAUCAAGUCUUCCACUGAACGUGUUCUGGAAAUGUUGGAUCCUUUCGUUUCUCUCCUCAUAGACUGCCUGGGUUCCAUGGAUGUGAAGGUGAUCACAGGUGCUCUACAAUGCCUGAUCUGGGUCUUGAGGUUCCCUCUGCCUUCCAUAGAAACAAAAGCGGAACAGCUGACAAAACACCUUUUCCUUUUGCUGAAGGACUAUGCCAAACUUGGAGCUGCCAGGGGCCAGAACUUCCACCUGGUGGUAAAUUGUUUCAAGUGUGUGACGAUACUUGUGAAGAAAGUGAAGUCUUACCAGAUAACCGAAAAGCAGCUUCAGGUUCUACUAGCAUACGCGGAGGAAGACAUUUAUGAUACUUCAAGACAGGCCACUGCAUUUGGUCUUCUGAAGGCCAUUUUAUCAAGGAAAUUGCUGGUCCCCGAAAUCGAUGAUGUCAUGCGGAAAGUAUCCAAGUUGGCAAUUUCUGCGCAAAGCGAACCCGUCAGAGUCCAGUGCAGACAGGUUUUUCUGAAAUAUGUUCUUGACUAUCCCCUGGGUGAUAAAUUGAGACCAAACUUGGAAUUCUUGCUCGCUCAACUGAAUUAUGAACAUGAGACUGGGAGAGAGUCUGUCUUGGAAAUGAUCGCUUAUCUCUUUGACACAUUCCCUCAGGGACUGCUCCAUGAGAACUGCGGAAUGUUCUUUAUUCCUCUUUGUCUAAUGAUGGUGAAUGAUGACUCUGCCAUGUGUAAAAAGAUGGCAUCUAUAACGAUCAAAUCCUUACUCAAUAAAAUCAACCUUGAGAAAAAAGAUUGGCUCUUUGAUAUGGUUACCACCUGGUUUGGAGCAAAGAAGAGCUUAAGUAGACAACUCGCUGCCCUGAUCUGUGGCUUGUUUGUGGAAAGUGAAGGCCUCACUUUCGAGAGAAGACUUGGAACUGUUCUACCUGUGAUUGAAAAGGAAAUUGAUCCUGAAAACUUUCAAGAUAUUGUGGAAGAAACUGAAGAAAAAGCUGCAGAUCGUCUUCUGUUUAGUUUUCUGACACUGGUAACUAAACUCAUCAAGGAAUGCAGUAUCAUUCAGUUUACCAAGCCCUAUGAGACUUUGAGUAAAAUCUGGAGUCAUGUGCACUCCCACCUGAGACAUCCGCACAGCUGGGUGUGGCUCACCGCAGCUCAGAUUUUUGGAUUGCUCUUUGCCUCUUGCCAACCAGAGGAGCUCAUUAGAAAAUGGAAAGCCAAAAAAACUAAAAGGAAACUCUCAGAACCUGUAGCAUUCAGGUUCCUAACCAGUGACCUUGACCAAAAGAUGAAAAGUAUCGCCCUGGCCUCUUGCCAUCAAUUACAUUCCAAAUUCUUGGAUCAAUCUCUAGGAGAGCAGGUUGUUAAAAAUUUGUUGUUCGUAGCCAAAGUCUUAUAUUUACUGGAACCCGAUUCUGGGGAUAAGCAAGAUGACAUCAAGGAGGACAUGGAGGAGCAAGAAGCUUUAGGAGAUGGCGUAGCCAGAGAAGAUACCGAACAUGAGGCCUGUGCACACGAGAAGGAAGAGCACAGCAGGCCAGCCACGCUGCUGUACUUGAUCCAGAAGUUGUCCCGGAUUGCAAAACUGGAAGCCGCUUACUCACCUAGAAACCCUUUAAAGAGAACUUGCAUCUUUAAGUUUCUCGGAGCUGUGGCAAUGGACCUUGGCGCAGACAAGGUGAAGCCAUACCUCCCGGUGAUCAUAGAUCCUUUGUUCCGAGAACUGAACAGCACCUAUGCGGAACAGGAUCCUUCGCUGAAGAAUCUAUCCCAGGAAAUCAUAGAAUUACUCAAAAAGCUGGUUGGGCUGGAGAGCUUCUCAUUAGCGUUUGCCUCUGUACAGAAACAGGCUAAUGUGAAAAGGGCACUCCGGAAAAAGAGGAAGGCUUUGGAGUUUGUAACUAAUCCUGAUAUUGCUGCCAAGAAAAAGCUGAAGAAACACAAAAAUAAAAGUGAAGCAAAAAAGAGAAAGAUAGAGUUCCUGCGCCCAGGCUAUAAGGCCAAGAGACAAAAGAGCCGCAGCCUGAAAGACUUGGCAAUGGUGGAGUAAAGUGUCCCUGUGCUGACAGUUUCCCCGCUUCCCCAAAGCAUCACCUGUCCAGUUUUCUGCUGGUCUGACGUCACAGCAGGUCUUAUUUAAGGUAAACUUUGGCAGAGAUUGUAUAUUAUUAUACCUUUAAUGUAAUCGUGCUCAUAUAUUUUUUAAUUAAAACACUUCAUAAUACCAUUGUAUUUUCACUGUCUAAAAAGCAUGUGACAUUAGCAAUAGUUAAAAAUUAUUGUUUCUAAAAAUACAUUUUAAAAUAGCAACACAAAAAGGAGUAAAUCAAACAAAUGAUUUACAAUACCCUUCUGGAAGCAAUGGAGGCAGUUACAAACUAUCAAAAAACAUUAAGAAAAAUUUGCACACACACACACACAAAAAAAAAAGACUGCACAAAUGGAGAGGUAUAACCAUGUUCAUGGAUAGGACGAUUGAGUAUCAUAAGAUGCUAGUUUUUCCCAAGUUAGAUCCCACUGGUUAAAUGCGUAUCUGAGCAAAAUCCCAAAAAGAGUUCUUCAUAUUAUCCUAGUAAGCCAAAUCUAAAAUUUGUACAGAAGCUGAAAGUAGCCAUGAUGCUCCUUAAAAAGAGCAGUGAGGGGUUUUCCUAUCUAUAGAAGGAACAUUUGAUCAAUUCUUCUUCAUUAAAAUUAAGAACUUCUCCUUAGGAAAAGACGGAACUGUUAUGGUAUGUACCAUAGACUGAUAAAGGAUUAGUGGUAUCUAGGCUAUAUAUUGAAUCCCUAUGAAUCAACAAAGAUAAUCCAGUAGAAAGAGUGGCAAGAGCAAAAUAGGCAUUGCACAGAAAUAUAAAUGGCCCUUAAGCAUUAACAUUUAGAUGACAUGUAUUCUCAAAUAUGAAAGUACUUAUGUACUGGUUGGUAAGUAGUCCCUACCUUGAGACCCCUCCCAAGUGCCACCAUGGCUGCGUGAAUCCCUAGACUCUGUAUGUCUCCACACCAGAAAUUAAAGGCUUAAUACCUGGACUGUUAGGGGUCCUCCUGCAUCAGCUAAGUCUAUCUAGUUAAGAUAUUUUGAAUCACCCCUGUAGUCAACGUCAUUAAUAAUUAGGAAAAUGCGAAUUAACAACAGAAUGGAAUUCCAUUUUGAACCCUUCAGACUGACAAAGCUGACAUCACCAAUGUUGGUGAGCAUGGGUAGAGCAAAGGGAACUCUUGUAAACCACAUGGGCAAACAAUUUGGCAUUAACUUGUUCAACCAUAUGGUGUCUUGCCUCCCUCUACACUUGCUGCGGAAGCAAUAUUCUUUAGUGCCCCACAUACUGGGAAAGGAGUGGAAGAGCCAUCCUUUGUGCCAGGUACUUUUGUUUAAUCCUCAAAGUAUCCCUGAGAGAUGCCCUAAAAUGCGUUAUUUUACAGAUAAGGAAACUGAGACUCAGAUUAAAUAAUUUACUUAAGGGUAACAUAGAUUGUACGUAGCAUAAUCAGGAUUCAAACCCAGGAUUGAAAGCCCUUGCUCUUAGAAUUUGUAAUUAUGUAAUUAGGCUCUUAGAAUUUGUAAAUAUGUAGUUAUGUAAUUACAGCACAUAGCAUAGGAAUCAAAUGUUCAAACAUUUCAUAACUUCAGCAUCUGUGUCUUGAUGUAGUUUGUCUCAAACAGGAGUUCUCAUACUACCAGGAGUUUGUAAUGUGCCAAACAGAUAAAUAUGGGGCAUCUUGAAAGGCCAAUUUCAAUUCUAAGUGAUUUAAAGUACAUGUAUUGCUUUCAUAAAAAAUUAAAAAAUAAAAAAAAUAGAAGUUAAUAUUAAGGCAAAAAUUAUAACAGAUAUCUCAGGGAUACUGAGCAUAGCUUUGUUUUAAUCAGUAAAUAUUUAUUGAGUGCCUACUAUGUCCCAGGUGCACCACACUAGAUGCAAGGGAUACUAACAGUAAAUAAAGUUGGUCCCUGCCCUCAAGGAGCUUACAUUUCCACAAUUUAAAGUGCAUCUCAGGUAUUCUAAUAACAGAAUUCCACCACUCUCAAUUUUUCAUUGUGAUCGUGUAACAUAGCACAACUAUAAAGUUAUAAAAUAGUGUUAGAGCUAAAACAAACCUUUGAUAUAAUUUGUCCAAGUCUCUUGUUUUAGAGAAAGAGGAAAAACCAAAAAAAACAAGAAAAAACUGAAGGAGUAGCCAUUCGUGCCUAGAACUCAUGUGUUCUGAUUUCAAGUUUGGUGCUUUUUCCAUUUUCAGGCUUCUCACAAGACAAUACUCAGUAGAUUUUUAUAAACAUCAACAUUCAAACUCCUGCAACACACCUGCAUAGUUGUUUCCUGCUAGACAAGAACCUUUUGUUCCAUAUUAAAAUAAGUGUCCGCUCUAUUUAGCCCAUCCUACUGGUGACAAACCAGACAGAUCAGUGUUAUCCAAGUGACCCCCUCAGGGUUUAGCAGGGGCUACACACAGGGCUACCUGCCUGCCAGGACCCCACUCCCCCGUCUUCUGUUCUCAGUGAUCCUCAACUGCCAGAGACGACUUUGCCACUUGACACAAAAAGACCAAAUUAGGAAUGACUGCUGGGGAAUAAGUAAGAAGAGUAAAAAUCCCACCAACGAAAAGAGAAAGCCACAUUCAUGUGAGCUGAGAGAAUGACCAAGUGUGAGGGGGGAGAGAGGCCAGAGGCCUACAUCUGGAAGACAAUGGCAGGGACAGGAAAUGAACCCCUGCUGUUCCUGAGACCUGAGGGUCACUGUCACAAUGGUAUUAAGUUCACUUCACCGGCAUCUAAUUUUUUAAAUGCUGGUUGUCCAACUUAAAAAAUGAAAAAAAUUCUCCCUAAUUUUAGUAAUUACUAAGGACUAUAUUUACUUCUGUCACACUGUAGCCAAUCCUGGGGUAGACUGGGCAGUUGGAAAAGUUCCUUUGAACGUAAUUCUUUUCGAUAGCCUAGCAGUAAGCCUAAUUUUUAAAACCAAAAAUGCUUAAUUUCUCCCUGUAGAACCAAAAAGAUUUUGGCUUUUCACCAAAUUUACAGGUCCAGUUACAAGUAGGUUAAAGGAAUAAAAGACAGCAAGGACAUCUUUUACAGUGCUUCUUAAAAUAGAUCCUUUUUUAUUUCCUUCAUUGUGAAUUAUUUCUCUAAAGUGUUGUGAAUUCAUCAAAUACAACAAUUUAGGAUUGUUUUUACUACCUCUACUAGUAUGGACAAAUAAAUUUAUAGACAUUAUUUUGAAUGUACACUACUUCAAUUAGCAUAAUUUUUUUUAAGGAGUUAGGCUGUCUGUGUUGCCCAAGUUGGCAUUUUCAGAAACUUAUAUAGUGUAGUUUAUGGGACAAGCUCCUAACCCUGAAAUACCUUUCGGAGCCCAGCUCCCACCUCACUAGCAGCUAGAUAAGCUAACUUAUCAGAACCCAAGAUUCCACACGUCCAUAAAAUGAAGA